ACAAGACAACAAAACAGUGGAGUGUUGUGUAUGUGUACCAUUCCAAGCUUCAGGCUUCAGUUCAUUUUGAAAAUUGGGUAAUUUCCUACUUCUGAGGAGAUUCUACACGCUUGUCUUUGUGGUCACUACUCUCACCACCUUCUACUUCAUCGUUUUCAUCUUCUUCCACCAUUUUCAACUUAGCUUUACCAAGGACAUAUUAUUUAUAGUGAUCAAUCUAAAGAUGUACUGGCAUAAGUAUCUGGUGGUGAGUUUGUAUUUAUGGGCCUUAAUAUGUUCACUUCUUCCUGAUUCUUCCAAUGGUUUAAUGAGAAUUAAGUUAAGGAAGAGAGACCUUGAUCUUGAAAGUAUCAAAGCAGCAGCAAAAUUUGAAAGAGAGCAUAAAUAUUUGGGUAGUAGUAGCUCAUCAGAUGAAGAUAUAGUACCUUUGAAGAACUAUUUGGAUGCCCAAUACUUUGGAGAGAUUAGUAUUGGUUCACCUCCUCAGAAUUUUACUGUCAUUUUUGACACUGGAAGUUCCAAUCUUUGGGUUCCAUCAGCAAAAUGUUACUUUUCUAUAGCUUGUUAUUUCCAUUCUCGGUACAAAUCAAGCCGGUCUACCACCUAUACUAGCAUUGGAAAAUCUUGUGAAAUAAACUAUGGUUCUGGAUCAAUAUCUGGUUUUUUAAGCCAAGACAAUGUUCAAGUUGGAGAUGUUGUUGUAAAAGACCAGGUUUUCAUUGAGGCCACUAGAGAGGGGAGUCUCACUUUCUUGGUGGCCAAGUUUGAUGGAAUAUUUGGACUUGGCUUUCAGGAAAUAUCAGUUGCAAAUGUUACACCAGUUUGGUACAACAUGGUGCAACAAGACCUUGUAAGUGAAGAAGUCUUCUCAUUCUGGUUUAACCGCGAUCCAUCAGCUAAGAUGGGAGGUGAACUUGUUCUUGGAGGAGUUGAUAAAAACCAUUAUAAGGGGAAACAUACUUAUGUUCCAGUUACUAAAAAGGGUUAUUGGCAAAUCGAAAUGGGAGAUAUUUUGGUUGGGAACCAGUCAACAGGUGUUUGUGAGGGAGGAUGUGGUGCCAUUGUCGAUUCAGGAACGUCCUUGCUUGCUGGUCCAACAACUAUUGUGGCUGAGAUCAACCAUGCUAUUGGAGCCAAGGGAGUAGUCAGCACAGAAUGCAAGUUAGUUGUUUCACAAUAUGGAGACAUCAUAUGGAAUCUACUGAUCUCUGGGGUACGACCUGAUAAAGUUUGUGCUCAGCUUGGUUUGUGCUUGUUCAAUGGGGCUGAGUAUGUAAGUACCGGGAUCGAAACAAUGGUUGAUAAGGAGAAUAGGGAGGAGGGAGUUUCAGCAAAAGAUCCUGCUUUAUGCACAGUUUGUGAGAUGGCUGUUAUUUGGGCUCAGAAUCAGCUAAAACAGAAGGGAACCAAAGAAAAAGUGAUCCACUACAUUAAUGAGCUUUGUGAGAGCUUGCCAAGCCCAGCUGGGGAAUCAGUAAUUAACUGCAACAGCAUUUCAAACAUGCCUAACAUUACAUUCACCAUUGGAGGAAAAUCUUUCCCUAUCACUCCUGAACAGUACAUUUUGAAGACUGGAGAAGGCAUUUCUUCAGUCUGCAUCAGUGGGUUUUCAGCUUUUGAUGUGCCUCCCCCAACUGGUCCACUAUGGAUUCUUGGAGAUGUAUUUAUGGGAGUGUAUCACACAGUGUUUGACUAUGGUGAUCUCAAAGUGGGUUUUGCUGAAGCUGUUUAGCACUAUGGUGGUGAUCUCUGGGAGCUGCUGCUUUUUUUUUUUUCUCUUUUACUAUAUCAUUUGGAGACUCAUAUGUUCUGAGGAUCAUCAUCAUGUAAAUUUUUAUUUUAAUAAACUUAUACCAUGUCUUAGAAAAUAAAAAUGGGCACCUGGAGACAUGUUAAAAGUUAUAA